ACCCUUUUUCAUUAUUUUUAUUGGAAUGAAAGUGAGCUCUACAAAUUCCAAAUGCUCAAUUCAUCAGCUAGAGAACAUAGAUGAGAAUGCAGCUUCAGAAUGCACACUAUCAUCAUCAUGUCCACCACCUGAGACUCCAACAGAGUCUAUGGAGUUUCUUGCAAGAUCAUGGAGUCUCUCGGCAAUGGAACUCUCCAAAGCACUUCACUAUAACACUAACAUCAAGCCUUCCACAACUUCUGCUGAGAACAAGGAUUCUUUACUUAAUGGAUGUUGUCCUCAGAUUUUGCCAAAAGAUAGUGAUGAAACUAAGGACUUAUUUUUACUCCAUCAAGCAAUCAAUCCAGAAUUCCUUUCCAGUCAAAACUUGCUCAGAAAUGGGCUUUACAAGAGUUUGCUGAGAGGAAGGACAAUGGGAAGAUGGCUGAAGGAUCAAAAGGAGAGGAAGAAGCAGGAAAUUAGGACUCAUAAUGCUCAGUUGCAUGCUGCAGUAUCCGUGGCAGGCGUAGCUGCUGCCGUUGCGGCCAUUGCAGCUUCAAUGGCAUCAUCACAAGAAGUGCCUAAUGCCGGCCAAAAAAACAAUCCCAUCAGUUCUGCCACGAUUGCAUCGGCAGCAGCCUUGGUUGCCUCUCACUGCAUUGAGAUUGCUGAGGAUAUGGGAGCUGAACAUGAACAAAUCUUAACUGUAGUUAACUCUGCCAUUAAUGCAAAAACCAAUGGAGAUAUGAUGACUUUAACAGCCGGAGCGGCCACAGCGUUGCGAGGAGCUGCUACUCUAAAGGCAAGGCUGCAGAAGGGGGUUGGAGCGACGACGUUCCCUCUAGUCGAUGAAAAAUGCGAGGAAGGAAGAGAAGCAAACAUCUUGCUGGCACUGGACUCUGUUUUCAAAGGAGGGGAGCUUCUAAAGCGUACAAGAAAAGGAGAUCUUCACUGGAAGCAAGUAUCUUUCAAUAUGAAUUCAAAUUUACAGGUUAUAGCGAAAAUGAAAAGCAAGCACAUGGCAGGAACAUUCACCAAAAAGAAGAAGUGUAUAGUCACCGGAGUCUGCAGUGAUGUCCAAGCUUGGCCGGGAAGAGAGAAGGAAGACUUAAUAGAAAAGAGGGCAUAUUUUGGAAUUAAAACUGCAGAAAGGAUAAUAGAGUUUGAAUGUGAGAGUAAAAGAGACAAACAGUUCUGGCUUGAUGGGAUCCAGUAUAUGUUGAAUUGCCGCGCCAAAGCGGCAUAAAUAUAAACAGAAAAUAAAAUAAAAUAAAAUGGCUGAUAUGGGGUUGCUUUUUCUA